UCAUGUGAUCCUUAUUCCUCUGUCACCGUUCUAUCAUUCAAGCAACGUAUUCCACUCUCUCGCCGCACACUACAAACCCCAUUCUUUUCUGACUACCGCAUCUCCUUCAUUGUGUUGUCAAUUCGCACUAUACUAUUUCAUUUUGUUCCAGAAGACACUAACGCAGACCCUUUGGUCGCUGGACCAGAGCUUGGGAGGCGUGCUGAGGGCUCACAUUCGAAGGGCUGCGGCUAUCUCCAAGGCAUAUAUGCCAGAGCGAGCCGUCGUGACAGACCCCCGAGGUCCACGCCGAAACCUUCCGUACCUGCAGACCAUGGUCCGCAGAGCCAGAGCAUGGUGGAUGCCAUGACGACAGCAGGCCUGCAUCCUUCCUUCGAGAUGGAGAACCGGACUCUUGCGUGGACCAUAUCGUCUCUCUCUGACGACAACGAGCUUCAGCUGCUUGUUGAGGCGCUCCCCCAUGUGCUAUGGGACUUCGAGAAAACCAAGUUGCGUGGCGGGUAUCGCAUGCAUUUCCUCAAGCUGCUGCGUGAUCCGUUGCUAUCUGCUCGAGUAAUAGGUCCGCGUCCGCCGACAACUUUCCCUGCUCCAGGCGCUCUGGGUCGUCUGCGCUUUCUCCCUCCACACGGGCAGCCUUUGGAGUGUCUGAUUGGAGACCAUGAACCUGGCAAGGCACUGUUGGGCUCGAAUUUCAUUGACUCUGAGGAUGUGCAGAACAUGGUCCCCAAUGUGUCCGCUCUGAUUCGCCUGAACGUCAUUGAGUCCCAGAGCCAGCAACGGGCCCCCGGCGGUUCUUUCUCGCAGACGAGCAACUCCGACCAGGACAUUCGCGCUCGGAUGGAGAAGCAACGGCGAGCAGAGAAGCAACGCACCAAGCUGACCCGGUCGGGGUCGGAUGAGAUAGCCGUGGACAAUCUCGUCUUCGCUGCGCGCCAGAUGAUCAGCACGUUUGCCCAGACAUCGACUUAUCCGGAUUUGUUUGGGAUGGGGUUCCGUGGUCUCGCACCGCUCCUCGUCCGUCUCUGCAAGAACCUGAAGUACCAACGUGGGAACUCGGAGCACCAACUCGACCUCCAGGCAUCCGUCGACACCCUCCAGCUGAUCUACCAUCACCUGGUCAACACCCCGGCGGCCGCGAGAGACAUCGACUGCCAUCUGUGGGUCCUCCGGAGGCUGCGUAGGGCCGACGUUCAGGCAGCAGACACCCACACGCACCGUUUGGUGGCCACCGUCCAGUGCGCCGUACUCCGGUGUUUCCGGCUGGAUUUGUCGGACUCGGGGGAUCUUUUGGAAUCGAUGAAGCUGCUGCGCAUGUUCAACAAUGAGGCCUGGUUCCGCGCAGUGAUCAGCCACGAAAACGAGAAGCAAAGGGAGUGGGCGUCGGCGAAGCAGCUCUACGACUGGGCCUGCGUGGGUGUUGUGACCGCCUUCUUCGAGCAGUGUGCCCGGAAUCCGGAUCAGACAGAGCACAGGCUCGAAGUCGAGGAGUUCAAGACAGUCCACAUGGCCCCGCAAGGGUCUGUCGUGUCCAGCGUCGCACCUGGGGAGACGAAUCUCGAGCUGAGACUCAACUUGGCCCAGAACGACAUCGCGGGAUUGGAGUCUCACUUGCUGGCAGCUGCCACCCCAGGAAGCGCUAACUAUGGACAGUGUCUCUCCGCAGAGGAAACAGGUUCUCCGCACCAUCCGCCGGUCUCUGCGUGGCUUUUGGCACACGGGGUCGAUUCCACCAAGUCCUCACCUUCUGGUGACUGCAUCUCCGUCAAUGUCCCUGUUCCGAAGGCAAACGAGCAGCUUGGCGCCGACUACCACGUCUUCACGCACACUGCCAACGUCAAGACGUCGAUCCGCACCCUCCUGUACUCACUCCCCGCCUCGCUCGAGAAUCACAUCAAUGUCAACUUUGCCCAAGCCCAGCUCGAUUACGUGCUAGGGAACAAUCCAUUGCCCUACGUCCUGGGAUCAAACCCGAAUUCCCCGUCGAAUCCGCAUUCGGCUGGCCAGCGGGGGGAACGACAUCGGCAACAUCGACACCUCGCCGGUGGAGGAGCGUAUGUCCUGUACAGCGCUGUCAUUGCCGGCCCAGACCGGCACGCCAGGUUCUUUGAUAUCUGCGGCGACUGGCCAGAGAUGGAGGUGGCGUUCGAUUCCAAUGCACCGAUGCUCACGCUCGCGGCAAUGCAUGCCGCGAACGACACGCCGGGCCCGUACUUCACACGACUGCAGGCCAGAGCGUACGGGAAGCUGGGCGACUCGCCGUGCGAUUCCGCGUUCUCGGCUGGGUGCGGGGGACUGCAUCUGUUCAAGGGCACGAUCAUUGCAAUGGCCGUCGUGCUCAGUGUGGUCGGCAUCAUAAUUCUGAGAGUGUUGAUCUGGUUUAUUCACCCGCUGCGGUCCAGAGGCAAAUAG